AAUUAAAACUUCAACAUGUCUUUGGCUGAUGAACUUUUGGCCGAUUUGGAAGAAGAUAAUGAAGUCGAUGAUGAUUUGCCUAUGGAGGAAACAGCCGAAGAGGCUGCACAAGCUGAAGAAAUUGCCGAGAAAUUACUUAAACCAAGUAUUAAUCUCAUGGAAGUGGAUGUUAAGGUGCAGUCAAUAAGAGAACUAUGUAAAUUACGCGAUUCCGAUAGAUUGCAGUACAUAUUAAAACAAAUUGAACAUUAUGCCCAAAGACAGCGUACAUCGGCUGAAAUGUUGGGUAGUGUAGAAUCUGAUCCGGAGUAUUGUCUUAUAGUGGAGGCCAAUGCCAUAGCGGUGGAUAUUGAUAAUGAAAUAUCUAUUAUCCAUAAAUUUGGCAAGGACAAGUAUCAAAAACGUUUUCCCGAACUCGAUUCCUUGAUAGUGGGCGAAAUUGAGUAUUUAUUGGCUGUUAAAGAAUUGGGCAAUGAUUUGGAACAAGUGAAAAAUAAUGAGAAACUACAGGCCAUUUUAACACAAGCCACUAUUAUGAUUGUGUCCGUAACAGCAUCCACUACACAGGGUUCAUUGUUAACACCCUCGGAAAAGGCCCAAAUUGAUGAGGCCUGUGAAAUGGCCAUAGAAUUGAAUAAUUUCAAAACCAAAAUCUAUGAAUAUGUAGAAAGUCGCAUGACCUUUAUAGCCCCUAAUCUAUCAAUGAUAGUGGGAGCCUCUACAGCAGCCAAGUUAUUGGGCAUUGCCGGAGGCUUAACAAAAUUAUCCAAAAUGCCCGCCUGUAACGUACAAGUUUUGGGCUCCCAAAAGAAAACUUUAGCCGGCUUCUCAAAAACUCAAAUGCUGCCUCAUACCGGUUACGUUUUCUUUUCACAAAUUGUACAAGACACAGCGCCAGAUUUAAGACGUAAAGCUGCUCGCUUGGUGGCAGCCAAGGCUGUGUUAGCUGCCCGUGUUGAUGCCUGCCAUGAAAGUGUGCACGGUGAAAUUGGUUUGAAAUUCAAAGAGGAUAUAGAAAAGAAAUUGGAUAAAUUGCAAGAACCACCGCCAGUGAAAUUCAUUAAACCUUUGCCCAAACCCAUAGAAGGCAGCAAAAAGAAAAGAGGUGGCAAGAGAGUAAGAAAAAUGAAAGAGCGUUAUGCUUUGACGGAAUUCCGCAAACAGGCCAAUAGAAUGAACUUUGGAGAUAUUGAGGAAGAUGCUUAUCAAGAUGACUUGGGCUAUUCACGUGGCACCAUAGGCAAAACGGGCACGGGACGCAUACGUUUGCCCCAGGUGGACGAAAAGACUAAAGUACGAAUUAGCAAAACAUUGCAAAAGAAUUUACAAAAACAACAGGUUUAUGGUGGCAGUACUACAGUAAAACGUCAAAUUUCUGGCACAGCCUCCAGCGUGGCCUUUACGCCCUUACAAGGUUUGGAAAUUGUCAAUCCCCAGGCCGCCGAAAAGACACAAACCGAAAUGAAUGCCAAAUAUUUCUCAAAUACUUCGGGCUUUUUAUCUGUAGGAAAAAGAACAACUUAAAACUUCGCAUUAAUUUAAAAAAAACACACUUUAUUGCAAAAAAAAAAAGUCUUAAAAUAAAAUUUUCUUAAUUAAAACCUUAA